GUACCGCGACCUGGCGGCGGGGCGCGGCGGAGGCCUCGGCGGAGGCCUCGGCGGGGCCCGGCCCCUCUCCCCGCUGCGGGCGGGGCCGGGGGCGGUGCGGGCCGAGGCAUGGCGGUGGCGGCGGAGAGGGGCUCCUACAGGUUCGUGGUGCUGCUCUUCAACUGCCUCCUCACCUUCGGCUCCUACUUCUGCUUCGACAUCCCCAGCGUCCUGCAGGAGCAGUUCCAGGGGAACUUGACCUGCCCCAAUGGAACCCAUCAUAACAGCACCAGGCAUAAUGGCACGCUGGAGUGUGUUGAAGGCUUGGGAAUGACACCUGCACAAUACAAUUUGCUGUACGCGAUCUAUGCUUGGACGAAUGCGGUAGUAGUUAUUCUGGCUGGAUUCCUGAUUGAUAAACUAGGAAAUCGCUUUGGUGUCUUUGUUUUCUCUCUGCUGACUGUGCUGGGAUCAUCAAUCUUUGCUCUAGGCUCACAUUUCAAGGGGUCACCAUACCUCCUACCCAUGAUGCUAACAGGAAGACUGCUCUUUGGCUCUGGGAAUGGGUCGCUUACUAUUGUGCAGAAUCGUAUCACAGCCUUCUGGUUCAAGGGGAAGGAACUGGCACUGGCGUUUGGACUGACUCUGUCUUUCUCCCGUCUUGGGAGCGUCCUCAACUUCUUCUUCACCCAGCAGUUUGAGGCAAAAUUUGGAAUGCAGUGGACACUCUGGGGAGGUACCCUGCUCUGCGUGCUCGGUUUUGUUUCAGCCCUCACCGUCAGCGCACUAGAUAAAAUGGGCAUGAAGCAACUGGGCUUGGAUGGGGUUAUCCAGCAAGAGUCCAAAAAAGUGCGGAUUCAGGACAUCCGUCAACUUCCCCUUCGCUACUGGCUCCUGGUCCUCACCAUUAUGUUCUUCUACAACGGAGUCUUCCCCUUUGUGGCAGAUGCCAGCAAGUUUAUCCAGGAUAAAUAUUCUGGUUACAGUCAGCAGGCAGCCGCGUAUAUUGCUGGGGCAGUGUACGACAGCUCCCUCCUCCUCUCUGCAGCAGUUGGCAUAUUAAUUGACUACGUUGGACUGAGGGGCGUCUUCGCCGUCGGCUGCGCUGCGUUGACUCUGCCAGUCUUCGCUCUCCUGGCGUUCACGUUCGUUCCUCCGUUAGUCUGUACCAUCGGGUUGGGGAUUACUUACUCCUUUGCUGCUGCUAGUAUGUGGCCAUCCAUACCUCUUGUGGUCCCCCAAGCAACUUUAGGGACAGCUAUGGGGCUUGCAACUUCCGUGCAGAUGGUUGGAGUUGGCCUUUCCAAUCUGAUCGUUGGCCACAUUCUAGGAACAAAGUCCAGUGAGUUAAAGAUCCCCCUGUGGCGCUGGCAACAGAUGAUGAUCUUUAUGUUGGCAAACACUAUUGCGUGCAUUGCUGCCUCCGUUAGCCUCAAUGUUGUGGACAAGAAACAGGGUGGGACACUGAACCGAACAAGAAAGGGCGCACCUGUGGAGCAGGAGGACAGAGACCCUGCAGAUGCAGCACCGCUCCUCGACGAUGACCCCGGAAACGAAGGCUCUGUCAGCUGAACCUUUGCAGCAGGAGAGCAAUGAGAGCUGCCAGACACCGCACUGAUCGCCUCUGAAAGCGGAUUUUUUAGCCUGUGUAUUUUAAAUAUCUUUAAAGGGAAGCGUGAAGGGAAUUGUCUACAGAAAGGGAAAGUUUCCGCUUUCUUAGGUCUGGCACACAAGUGAAAGGUGUCUGCUGUAUGGUUCUGAGGCGUUCUCCAACGUACAGAGACCUGCGUGGGGGAAUUUAAGAACUGCACUGCAGCGAGUGACACUAACCUAGCUGAAGCUCGUGCAUAAGCUGUCGGAGAGUGGUGUUUUCCUCUGCCUCAAAACGGCCCACGUAAGGUGUGCCUGCUGCAUCCACCACUCUUUCUCCCUCACGAGAAUCCUGUGCACCAGCACUUGCUAAUCCACGCACCUCGGCAGGCCUGCUGCUUCACUCACUGCUCGAGAUCAGCACGCAGCUUUCACAAGUUACAUAUCCGUGCAAGUGACACCGUCAUUAUUCUUUAGGCAGGAGCCUGAAUUAAUCAAAUUGAUUGCCUUUUGCCCACAAGCCUAGCUUAAUUACCUGUUACCUUGCUAGAAAUGCUUCCGUUUGCCACGCCUAUUCAUUUACCUUCAAAAGCAUAAAAGGGUUUGAUCUGAAAUUCUGUCCUUUAAAGCAGGGUGCUCUUACUCACAAAUGCUAGAGGCUUAUUUUACUCAGGCAACUGCUCUUGUCACUAUGCAAAAACGCUCACUCAGUGUUUACAAAAGCACAAAGGAUACUUUAAGAAUGAAGUAAACUUUAACGUAGCCAAGUACAA